AAAAAAGAAAAGAAAAAAAGAGAGAUAGCAAGAAAAGCAUACGCAGCAGCAGCGAAAAGAAGCUUCUCCUUCAAGACUCCUCAACUCCUCUUCUCCUACUCAUCUACCACUGUUUCCACCAUUAAAAUCAUCACGCAUUUCUCACGAGUCUCUCUCCCUCCUUCACCAAAAAGCUAAAACCCCACCCUUUAAAAACCCUCUCGACUCACUCUCUAUCAACACCUUCCCCUUCUUCUCCUUCCCUGAAAUGGAAUCGAAUAACAGAUUCAUAAUCAUCUUCAUACUUCUCGUCUUCAAUCUCCAUCGUUCAUCAUCGAUCCUAGACCCACUUGAUUUCCUUGCCCUCCAAUCCAUCCAUAAAUCCCUCUCCGAUCUCCCAGGAUCCACCUUCUUCGCCUCCUGGGACUUCACCUCUGACCCCUGCAACUUCCCCGGCGUCUACUGCGCCGCCGAUAAGGUCAUCUCCCUCAACCUCGGUGACCCCCGUGCCGGCUCGCCCGGUCUGACCGGCCGGCUCGACCCGGCCAUCGGCAAGCUCUCGUCUCUCACCGAGCUUUCCAUCGUUCCCGGACGCAUUUUCGGCUCCCUCCCGGAAUCCCUCUCCCAAUGCAGGAACCUCCGAUUCCUCGCUGUCAGCAAGAAUUUCAUAUCCGGCGAGAUCCCGCCUUCUUUCGCUGAGCUCAAACGGCUCCAAACCCUCGAUCUCAGCUACAAUCAGAUAACCGGAUCGAUCCCGGCACGGAUCGGAGAACUCCCGGCAUUGUCAAAUAUGAUCCUCUGCCACAACAAGCUCUCCGGAUCAAUCCCAACCUUCGUUUCUUCUACGCUGACACGUGUUGAUCUCAAGCACAACGAUCUCUCCGGCCCAAUCGGUGCCUCCGCACUGCCACCUUCAAUCCAAUUCCUCUCGCUCUCAUCCAACCGUCUAUCAGGCACCAUCGAUCGUCUCCUGGUCAGGCUCAACCGCCUCAAUUACCUCGACCUCAGCAUCAAUCAGUUCACGGGCAGCAUCCCGGGCAGGGUAUUCGCAUUCCGGAUGUCGUCGCUGCAGCUGCAGAGGAAUCUGUUCAGCGGGCCCAUUCAACCGUCGAGCCAGGUGACGAUCCAAACCGUCGACAUGAGCUACAAUAGGCUGUCAGGGCCGAUCUCGCCGUUGCUUUCCACCGUCCAGAACUUGUAUCUGAACAACAAUAAGUUGAGCGGGCAGGUGCCGGGCAGCUUCGUGGAUAGAUUGCUAUCUGCAGGGAUUCAAGUGUUGUAUCUGCAGCACAAUUAUCUGACGGGAAUCGAGAUCAAUCCGUCGGCUGAGAUUCCUUUGAGCAGCUCGCUUUGCUUGCAGUAUAACUGCAUGGUGCCGCCCUUGCAGACUCCCUGCCCGUUGAGGGCUGGCAAGCAAAAAACUAGGCCGACGGCGCAAUGUAGCCAGCUGAGGGGAUAGAGAUGGUGAAGGAAAGGAAGGGCAGGGGUUUACGGUAAGGGUAGAAUUGGAAGAAAAUUAUUAGUUUUUUUUUCUUUUUUUUUUUAAUUCUUUAAUUUAUUUUGUUAUAUGGGAUUAUUGGAUUUAAGGAAAAAAAGAAAAAAAGAAAAAAGAAAAAGAGAGACGUAUGAAUAUGAUAUGAAUAAGAGGGGAUUUUUUGC